GCUGUAAUGGUAGGGUGUGCUCCUCCGCGCGCUGUGACUCGCAGGGCCACCGCACGCCGCGCGCAUUUCUGAUUAAAGCCCGAGCGCAGGCUGCGCGCAGUGCCAGGGGCUGGGGCGCGAGGACACUCAGGAGAGCGCGAGCGAGCGAGAGAGAGAAAAAGAAAGAACGAAAGAAAGAGCGCACGAGGUGGAGAGGCACCUUUGGAGUGGAGGAGAAGCAGAAGAGCGCACGAGCCACCCCGCGCGCAUGGCUGCGUGACAGAGCUGCUGCUGCUUGUUGGGUGCUCGAGUUUUUUAGGGUGGUUCUUUUUCUUCCUCUUCUUCUUUCCCUCCGGAGGGAGCAGCCUCAGUUUUGCGCGCAGACCCUCGCGCCAGCAUGGAGACCAGCAGGUGGGCCACGCGGUGGAAAACGAAGAGGAGGCUUUGGGAGCCCAGUUUCAGUGCACUGGUCACGCUGGUCAUCGUCCUGUUGCCCAGUACUAACGCAGCUAAACCCGUGGACGUGCUAAAAGUAUUAGAAUUUCACAAUAGCCCUGAAGGAGUACAGAAAACAUCAGGAUUCUGCGUGAACAGAAAAGCCUCUCAGCCUGACACGGCCUACAGAGUGGGCAAGGCCGCCCAGAUCAGCGCCCCCACCAAACAGCUCUUCCCAGAUGGAGUUUUCCCUGAAGAUUUUUCCAUCCUGACCACCAUCAAACCCAAGAAUGGUCUCCAGUCCUUCCUGCUGUCCAUGUACAGCGAGCGGGGCGUCCAGCAGCUGGGCGUUGAGGUGGGACGUUCCCCUGUCUUCCUGUAUGAAGAUCAGACUGGAAAACCUGCCCCUGAGGAUUACCCCCUCUUCCGCACCCUCAACCUGGCCGAUGGAAAGUGGCACCGUGUGGCGAUCAGCGUGGAGAAGAAGACUGUGACCAUCAUCGUGGACUGUAAGAAAAAGAUCACUAAGCCUCUGGGCAGGAGCGACCAUGCCGGCCUGGACACCAACGGCAUCACUGUGUUUGGCAGCAGACUUCUGGACGAGGAGGUUUAUGAGGGUGAUAUCCAGCAGCUGUUGAUCGUUCCUGAUGCUAAAGCUGCGUAUGAUUACUGUGAACACUACAGCCCGGACUGUGACACCCCCCAUAAAGACAGACCACAGGCCCAGGAACCCGAGGACGAGUACGCCACUGCAGUAGAUUACGGAGAGUUGUACGAUUACUAUGACGGACCCACGGCCACCGACAGCACCGCCACCGAGUUUUCCGAGACUCAGCUAAACAACUUAGACGGAGAGUACUAUACUGACACUGAGCUUGACUACGAAACUGUAGAUGCUACUAAGACUCGGUCUCCUGUUGCCCCUUCUGAACCCAAUGAGGCUGUGGAGGAGGAGAUAGUGGGUCAGUCUGAAUCAGAACCGGUCCGGACCGAGCCGGACCCCACAGACGGCCCUCAGCCCACCCAGGCGGCGCCCGAGGGGACGGACGCGUACGACUUUAAGGAGUAUGAGCUUAAGGAGUAUGACGUGAACGAGUUUGAUAAAAGUCAGUAUGAGUUCGGGGCGUACGAUGAGAACCCGAACCCCACGGCCGCCGCGUACGAGGACGAGUUCGGGGUCGGGAAACCGGCCGAAACCGACGUAGAGGAAACGCAAGUCGGCACCGGCGUUGGUGGAGGAGCUUUUCUGGGGCAGAAAGGAGAGAAAGGUGAACCGGCCGUCAUCGAACCCGGAAUGCUGAUUGAAGGACCUCCUGGAGCUCCGGGUCCCGCUGGUCUUCCAGGACCACCAGGUCUACAGGGUCCCCCAGGUCCAUCUGGAGAUUCUGGUGACCGGGGUCCUGCAGGACGUCCUGGUCUUCCUGGUGCUGAUGGGUUGCCAGGUCCUCCUGGUACCAUGCUGAUGCUGCCGUUCCGUUUCGGAGGGGAUGGAGAGAAGGGUCCAGUGGUCUCGGCUCAGGAGGCUCAGGCCCAGGCGAUCCUGUCCCAGGCCAGGCUGGCUAUGCGAGGUCCUCCAGGUCCGAUGGGUUUAACUGGACGCUCCGGCCCGGUGGGUCUUCCUGGACCCCCUGGUCUGAAAGGUGAGGGCGGAGACCCGGGUCCUCAGGGUCCCAGAGGAGUCCAGGGACCACAUGGACAAGUGGGACAGCCCGGGAAGAGGGGUCGUACUGGAACUGAUGGAGCUCGGGGGAUGCCCGGAGAAGCUGGAGCUAAGGGUGAUAGAGGAUUUGACGGUCUGCCCGGUCUCCCAGGAGAGAAAGGACACAGGGGAGAGAUGGGACCCCCAGGACCCCAGGGUGCUCCUGGUGAGGACGGACAGAGAGGCGAGGAUGGAGAGAUCGGGCCGAGGGGAUUGGCUGGAGAGAGUGGCCCAAGAGGUUUGCUUGGUCCUAGAGGCCCUCCAGGACCUCCUGGACAGCCUGGUGUGGCUGGUGUGGAUGGUCCUCAAGGCUCUAAAGGGAACAUGGGUCCUCAAGGAGAACCAGGCCCACCUGGCCAGCAGGGCAUUCCAGGAACACAGGGGCUACCCGGACCUCAAGGCCCCAUCGGACCACCAGGCGAAAAAGGUCCUCACGGUAGAUCAGGGUUGCCUGGGUUGCCUGGUGCUGAUGGACCUCCUGGUCAUCCUGGCAAAGAGGGUCCUCCAGGAGAGAAAGGAGCUCUGGGUCAGCCGGGCCCCCAGGGGCCGAUCGGGUACCCGGGGCCACGCGGUGUGAAGGGAGCUGACGGAGUCCGAGGCCUGAAAGGAGGAAAAGGAGAAAAGGGUGAGGAUGGAUUCCCCGGCUUCAAAGGAGACAUGGGACUUAAAGGAGAUAGGGGUGAGCUCGGUGUGGUCGGACCCCGUGGUGAGGAUGGUCCUGAAGGUCCUAAGGGUCGUGCAGGUCCUAAUGGUGAAUCAGGACCGAUGGGUCUGGCUGGAGAGAAGGGUAAACUGGGCGUUCCUGGACUGCCUGGAUACCCAGGACGACAGGGACCGAAGGGUUCGACCGGUUUCCCCGGAUUCCCAGGAGCCAACGGAGAGAAAGGAGCCAGGGGUGUUGCGGGAAAACCCGGUCCAAGGGGGCAGAGAGGUCCGACGGGGCCACGUGGCGCUCGGGGUGCCAGGGGUCCGACUGGAAAGCCAGGUCCUAAGGGCACAUCGGGCAAUGAUGGUCCACCUGGCCCGCCCGGAGAGAGAGGACCUCAAGGACCCCAGGGACCCGUUGGCUUCUCAGGACCGAAGGGCCCCCCUGGACCACCUGGAAAGGAUGGGUUGCCCGGUCACCCUGGCCAGCGGGGGGAGACGGGUUUCCAAGGUAAAACUGGUCCCCCUGGUCCCGGAGGUGUGGUCGGCCCUCAGGGUCCAACCGGAGAAACAGGUCCUGUAGGUGAAAGAGGACAUCCCGGACCCCCAGGACCUCCUGGAGAGCAGGGACUUCCAGGUGCAGCAGGAAAGGAAGGCGCUAAGGGAGACCCAGGUCCUCAGGGUCCCUCUGGAAAAGACGGCCCACCUGGACUGAGAGGAUUCCCCGGAGAGAGAGGACUUCCAGGAGCAGCAGGUCCGGCCGGUCUGAAAGGAGGCGAGGGUCCUCAGGGUCCUCCCGGCCCCGUGGGUUCACCUGGUGAGAGAGGAGCUGCUGGACCUGCUGGACCAAUUGGAUUACCAGGGCGCACAGGACCUCAGGGACCCCCGGGACCAGCCGGAGAGAAAGGAGCACCUGGUGAGAAAGGGCCUCAGGGUCCUGCUGGUCGUGAUGGAGUUCAGGGUCCGGUGGGUCUGCCAGGACCCCCCGGCCCUCAGGGACCACCCGGAGAGGACGGCGACAAGGGAGAGGUGGGAGAGCCCGGACAGAAGGGAAGCAAAGCUGAUAAAGGUGAACAGGGUCCACCGGGUCCGGCGGGUCUGCAGGGUCCGAUUGGAGCUCCUGGACCUGCGGGUGCUGACGGAGAGCCCGGUCCACGAGGGCAGCAGGGUAUGUUCGGGCAGAAGGGAGAUGAAGGAUCCAGAGGUUUCCCAGGACCACCAGGACCCAUCGGCCUGCAGGGUCUUCCUGGACCUCCAGGUGAGAAAGGAGAGAACGGAGACGUCGGGCCGAUGGGUCCACCUGGUCCACCCGGCCCGAGAGGUCCUCAGGGUCCCAGCGGCGCCGACGGUCCUCAAGGUCCUCCAGGAGGUAUUGGUGGGAUGGGAGCAGUGGGAGAGAAGGGAGAGCAAGGUGAGGCUGGCAACCCUGGACCCCCCGGAGAGCCUGGAACUGGAGGACCCAAAGGCGAGAGAGGAGAGAAGGGCGAGGCCGGACCACCCGGUGCUGCUGGACCCGCCGGACCCAAAGGACCACCCGGAGAUGACGGCCCCAAGGGUAACCCUGGUCCCGUUGGUUUCCCUGGAGACCCUGGUCCUCCUGGUGAGCCUGGUGUUGCUGGAACAGAUGGAAGUCCUGGAGAGAAGGGAGAAGAUGGUGAAUCUGGUCAACCUGGUCCUCCUGGUCCAUCUGGAGAAGCCGGCCCACCCGGACCCCCAGGCAAAAGAGGACCCCCAGGAGCAGCAGGAGCCGAGGGCAGGCAAGGAGAGAAAGGAUCCAAGGGUGAGGCAGGAGCUGAAGGUCCUCCAGGCAAAACCGGCCCAGUAGGACCCCAGGGGCCACCCGGUAAGCCCGGUCCUGAGGGUCUGAGAGGAAUCCCCGGCCCUGUGGGUGAACAAGGACUUCCUGGAGCACCUGGACAAGACGGCCCACCUGGACCCAUGGGACCUCCUGGUCUGCCGGGACUGAAGGGUGAUCCUGGUUCUAAGGGUGAGAAGGGUCAUCCUGGUCUGAUUGGUCUGAUAGGUCCACCUGGAGAACAAGGAGAGAAGGGAGACCGAGGUUUGCCUGGACCCCAAGGCACUCCUGGAGCUAAGGGUGACAGUGGUAUUGGUGGUUCUUCUGGGCCCAUCGGACCCCCUGGACCUCCUGGACUUCCAGGUCCUCAAGGGCCAAAGGGAUCCAAGGGUUCGACCGGUUCUGCAGGUCCUAAAGGAGACACUGGUUCUAUCGGACCUCCUGGACCUCCUGGUCCUCCAGGCGAGAUCGUCCAGCCGCUGCCCAUCCAGUCGCCCAGGAAGACCCGGCGCUCCAGCGACAUGCAGGCGGACGAGGCCACCAUCAUGGACUACGGCGAGGGCAUGGAGGACAUCUUCAGCUCCCUCAACACCCUCAAACAGGACAUCGAGCGCAUGAAGUACCCCAUGGGUACACCCAACAACCCAGCCAGAACCUGCAAAGACCUGCAGCUCUGCCACCCAGAGUUCCCUGACGGUGAAUAUUACAUUGAUCCUAACCAGGGCUGCUCUGGGGAUUCCUUCAAAGUGUUCUGCAACUUCACAGCAGGAGGCGAGACCUGCAUCUACCCCAGCAGGAAGUCCAGCGGAGUCCAGCUCUCCUCCUGGUCUAAAGAGAUUCCCGGGUCCUGGUACAGUUCAUUUGCACACGGGCAACUACUUUCUUACGUGGAUGCCGAGGGUAACUCUAUAAACUCAGUGCAGAUGACGUUCCUCAAACUACUGACGGCCUCGGCCAGGCAGAACUUCACCUACAGCUGCCACCAGUCUGUGGGCUGGCACGAUGCCACCACAGAUAGCUACCACAAAGCCCUGCGCUUCCUGGGAUCCAACGAUGAGGAGAUGUCCUACGACAAUAACCCCUACAUCAAAGCCCUCGUAGACUCCUGCGCGGUGAGGAAGGGCUAUGGAAAGACUGUGAUCGAGAUCAACACGCCUAAAAUCGAUCAGGUUCCCAUCGUGGACGUGAUGCUGAGCGACUUCGGAGACUCCAACCAGAAGUUUGGAUUCGAAGUCGGGCCGACCUGCUUCCUUGGCUAAUUUAAAAAAAGUAAAAAACAAAGAAAUGACACCAAGAAAAACACUUGACAGGGAAGGACGGGUCAGCACAAGACUUUUUUUUCCAAGACUUACUUUUUUUUUUUUUUUUUGGUACCACCAAAUCCUCCGGCCUCCGUUCGUCGCCACAUGCAAGUUUUGAAUAUCAGCCAUGAAUAAAACGGGAAUCGUGUUUAUGUUCAUCACCCGGGAAAAAUCACAGCGUCCUCGGGAAGACGAGGACGAGAAGAAAACAUGAUACCAGAGAGGGAGAGAGAGAGAAGGCGAAGGACAACCAGACGACAAGUGGCAGAGCGGAGAGCUGGCAGCCGGAGGGGGGGUUCACGGAGAGAGAGAGAGAAAGAUAGAGAGAUAUAGAUAGAGAGAGAGCUAGAGAGAGAGAGAGUGAUCCCCCCUCCCUCCCAAAGGAGUCUAUCGGUGCUGUGCAACAAUUAAAAAAAGAUAUACAGAAAAGACAACAAUGGUGCUUCUUCAAAAUACAAAAAAAGUAAUAAUGUUAAUGAUAAUGCUAACUAUGCGGUGCUAAGAGAAAGAAGGUGUAUUUUGAUAAAACUGUAAUUAUUAUUUUGUACAUUACUGUUCUUUCUGAUUCCACUUUUUCAAAACUUGCAUGUGUAGCAGGAUUGCUUCUGACAGAAAAGCCAAACAGACAACCCUAGACUUCUCUAAAUUAAAGAACUGCGUGAAUAAAGAAAGAAUAUUUUUGUGACAAAUAAAUACUGUGUAACUAUUGUUAAGCAAAUAAAAGCGAGCAUUCAAACAAUUCCACAUCAUUUUCUAAUCAGAACUGAUGUCCUUUUGUAUAUACUGACGCCCCCACGCGGAAAACACCACCAGCUCGGCCAGGGAAGAGGCGGCGGCGGUCGUGGCGUUCGGCCAACUACUAUUUAAUAAUUUUUGGUUUGUUUGUUUGUUUUUUUUUAUCUCUUUUUGGUCAUAUACCUCAUCCCUUCUUACUAUCCAUAGAGAAGAGAGGCCGGCGUGCCCUGUAUAUACCUUGGUUACACACUUAAGUUUAUAUAUUUUGGGUGGGGAUUUUUUUUUUUUAUGAGAAUUUAUUAAAUAAAUAAAGAAAUAAGAAAUAAGUCAUAUCUGUCAGGCCCCCCUUCUGUUCCCAAAGACGUCUGUGAAAAUGAUUAUGCAAUAAUAUGCUCUUUUUUUCAGUGACCCCUCUUCUUUUUUUUUGUAACUAAAAUGAGAAAAUUGUUUUAAAUGUGCUUUUUAUGGUUCAUCUAAAUAUUAAAAAACUGGAUUCCAAAACGACUGUGAA